AAGUUGUGAUCGAAGUGACCCGGUGCUUGUUGUGGCGAGCACUUCUGUCACCACGAGUCAUAAAUAUCCGCUAUGUUCCGGCGACUGAAAAUUCCGUGUAACCAACUCUCGUACGCAAGUGACCUUCUCAAGAAGAAAUUCCUUUACUCGUUGCAGCUGGAAGCCAAUGCCGACGCUGACAAGUGGAACCAAAAGCGUGGUCAGGGGGUGUUUACGCUUUCAUUUUUAUACAAGCAGGACAUUCCACGGCCAUUUAGCAUUCGAUUGGCCAAGUCACAAGAUGAGCCACAUAUAAUGCAUUUUAUAAGAGAAAAUUUCUACAACGAAGAGCCGUUGAUCAAAAGUUUGAACAUCAAUAAGUCCGUUGCGAACCCUUGCUUGGAGUCAUAUUUGUGCAACCAUUUGAAAUCAGGCUUCACCCUCAUUGCCGUGGAGAAAGACAACCGAAUCGUCGGCAUUUCCGUCAAUCAACGCAACUGCGCAUGGGAUGGCGAUAGACUGCGUGAACAAGCUGAUCGUGUUCAAUGCGAUCCUCUGCGAAAGCUGUUCUACAUCUGGUCGAUAAUUUCCAAGGAGCCUCGCCUCCAUCAAAAGUUCAACACGUCGUGUAUCUUUGAGAUUGCCAUCCUCGCAACAGCACGUGAGGCUCAACGACAAGGUAUCGGAUAUCAAUUAACGCUUCAUUCGCUGCGUUUGGCGCGUGAUUUAGGCUUCGACGUGGCUCGAAUGGAUUGCACCAACGAAUACAGCUCUAGGCUAGCGAAACGGGCAGGCAUGGAGUGCAUGUGGUCCGUACCGUACAAACACCUGGUGGAUAGCGAUAAAAACCCAGUGGUGAAACCGGAAGACCCCCACACCCACAUUCGAGUGCAUGCGACACAUCUGAAAGGCGCUUAAAAGCUUACGAGAUAAUAAUGUAAUCUUGUAUCUAACGAAUAAAUCAUGCGAAUUGAAUUAGUAUGGUAGAUUCGGGGCACACAUUAAAAAAUAAAUUCAA